CCCCUCAAGUUUCCUUUAUAUACUAACCAAUCUUUUUCUACUCCAAACUUAAAACUCAGAAUUCUCUCCCUCCUCUCUUAUUUCAAUUCACGCGAUAAAACCUUAAUCCAGGAGCAGAGGCUCGAGAUCAUCUUCCACAAAUUGAUAUGUCUUCUCUUUACCGGGGAAUGUCCAGGAAAGACAAACCCAGAGGGCGGCCCCAUGGGUUAACUCAACAGAAAAAGCAGGAGAUUAAAGAAGCUUUUGAACUUUUUGAUACCGAUGGAUCUGGAACAAUUGAUGCAAAAGAGCUGAAUGUUGCAAUGAGGGCUCUUGGUUUUGAAAUGUCUGAAGAGGAAAUUACUCGAAUGAUAGCUGAAGUCGACAAAGAUGGAAGUGGUGCAAUUGACUUUGAUGAAUUUUGUUACAUGAUGACUGCCAAGUUUGGAGAAAGGGACACCAAAGAAGAGCUCAUGAAAGCUUUUCAAAUUAUUGACCAAGAUAAAAAUGGCAAGAUCUCUACUGCAGAUAUUCAGCGCAUAGCCAAGGAGUUGGGUGAAAAUUUCACUGAGAAAGAAAUUCAGGACAUGAUCGACGAAGCAGAUCGUGAUCGUGAUGGUGAAGUAAACGCUGAGGAAUUCAUGAGGAUGAUGAGGAGAACAUCAUAUGGAUACUAGAUCCUUUUGUGUAAUUUGUUACUAGUGGAUGUUAUGUGUUGUAAUAUAUAUGAUUUUGAAUGAUAAGAAGAUUAUAUGACUUCCUAUAAUACAAUCGUAAGUAGAACUGACUUGGCUACA